CGUCAAGUCCAUGAUCAUCGCGUUUCCGACAACCCUUCUCAAGCACCAUAACACCAUGGGCUCCGACGAUUAUGCUGCUGUCGGUGGCGGUGGCGCCCUGAAACUCAAAGGCGCCAAAAUACACAAGAAAAAGAAGAAGCGCGACAAGACCGAUCUUGAAAAGAAUCUCGAUACUGGAAACAAGGACGAAGAGAAGAGAAAGAAGAAGGAUAGAGAGGAGCAAGAGCCCCACGAUGAGGAUGAUGAGGACAAACCCGAAGUCCAAAAGACGGAGGCUCAAAAGCGCCACGAAGAGAUAAAAAAGAAGAGGCUGCUCAAACUCGCUGAGUCUUCAAGCUCGCGACCAGAACUUCUCAAAACACAUAAGGAGCGUGUCGAAGAACUCAAUACUUACUUGUCCAGAUUGAGCGAGCAUCACGAUAUGCCCAGGAUUGGCCCCGGUUAAGGAUAUCAGGACAGAAGGUUGAGUUGGUGGCGAAUGUGUGUAGGCGGAUGGACGGGAGUUGUUGGCGCUUCUGGUUAUACCCUCGAAUUAAACAAAUAUCCCCAAAAUGCUAUCUGUUGCAUUGAUCUACGGCAUUAUCAGAACCAGUCACCUGGAGGCGCGUAAUGUUCACCCCUUGCUGGGCUGAAAGAACCAAAACCCUGUGUCAAGGAGUAAAGGUCAAGACCAUUACGCACAAGAUGACCACAUCGAUUUGCUUGGAAAUAGGGAAAAGAAAAUCGAAUAUGCAAACGCAAUUGCUUGUAUUCGCUCAUGUACUAUGCAUUUUUAAAUACGAUCCAUGUUCGGCAUAUAUGCUGGACGCCAUUAAUGAACCAAAUCUCCCCCAAGAUACAACCGUAUGUGGAAGUUGUCUAUUGAUUAAUUCCGUCGGAUGCUGCCCCCAAGUCUAUUAUCCUGAUUUUAUACCCGUGAAGAAAGGACCGUGAUAUUCAUAAAGAUGAACCCAUUCUGAAUUAACUGGUGCCCGCAACGGGACCACAAGUUCGUUCGUCACGGGAUUCGCGUGACGUUUUCGCUGGAUGCGAGGUAAGGUCAAGUGAUCAAUAUUCCAUUUACAGGAGAAUGAAACCACCGAAGACCAUACCCACGACUGCGGCAAGAACUGAACCGACGGAUCGAGGAGCGGCAUUCUGAAGGUCAGGGUCGCUGCCGGCAGUAGCUUCGGCCGAGGGAACAACCUCAACCCAAGAAGUCGAAGUCAUGGUAGUAACGCCACCAUCCUCAAGCGUAGAAGUGAAGGUCUUAGGCACAGCACUCGAAGUUCGUCUGGUACCUGUUCCGGUCACAGUGCUUCGGUCAGACUCAGUCUCAGUCGCGCUUUCGGCAUGGUCUGAGGUUUGUGAAGCCUCGUCUGUCUGAGUUGCGGUUUCCUGGUCGUCUGUCUCAAUGUUAGCAUAUGCGCUCAAAUGGUAACCGUUUGCAAAAGUGUGUAGUCAACGCGGAGGCAAUCAAGGGUCAAAAGACAUUUUCAAGUUUUGGCGCACUUGCGAUAGUCACGAAGUCAAGGCAUCAGGUUGUGGAGAUGGCACGAAACAGUAAUAUCACAACAGUUUUGGGGAAUUGGAUUCGCAGCAAUGUCCCUGGAAAGAGCCCUGUUGCUGCUCGUCCGUCCCACAUACCGGUGGUCGUCUCUGUCUCCUCUGAAGCCUGGGAGGCUGUUUCCGACUCUUGAGUUGGCCCGGAAGCUGACUCAGAAGUUAAGUCGGAGAGGACAGUGGUAGCUUCGGCGACAGUGGACGAGGGAACGGUGGCAGUUUCGAUAACAGUGGAAGUAUCAUCAAGGGCGGUGGAUUGAAGGGUCUCACCCGAAGAAGCCGUCUCGGACGGUAAUUCAGAAAAAGAGGAGGUAUCAGGCAAAGAAGUUCUUCGAGUAGACGUACUGGCAGCAGUGGAGGUUGCAGCACUAGGAGCAGAAGGAUUGGAAGUUGAAGCACGAGAAGAGGGAGCAGUCUCAGAAGGUUCCUCUUCCGAAACGGACGUACCAGUGGCAGUGGCCUCGGAAUCAUCGGUGGUCGAUUCAGGGGAAGAGUCCUCAGUGGACUCAGGUCGGUUCUCCGUGGUCCUGCGGGUGGUUCGCUGUGUAGAAGCAGCUGUGGAUGCAGGCUCAGUAGGCUCCCCUUGAGAUUCCGUGGCAGAAGGAGAUGCUUCAGUAGCUGAGUCCUCGGUAGGUCGGGCAGUGGCAGAAGGUGGGCCUGUAUCCGGGUUAGAGGUGGGUUCCUCAGGUUCUGAGCUCGCAGGACGCGAGGGUGAGGAAGGCUCACUGGUGGCAGAUGGCUGAGUAACUGACGGUUGAGCCUGGGUGUUUGAGGCCUCAUCUGUGGCGCUGGCCUGGUCGGUUGACUCUUCGGCGGUAGCGGAAGGCUGAACAGCAGUCUCGCUAGCCUCGUUCGUAGCAGUGGGUUGCUGUACGGUGUUUGAAGCACCACCAGAGGCUCCGCCUGAAGAGCCGCCCGAGGGAGCAUUGGAAGCACCAUCAGAAGCGGCAUCGGUAGGGCCAGUGCCCUGCUCUGUAUCGGUAGGUGCUGGUGUGUUUUGUCGUCGAACCAUUUGGGCCAUGGAAUCGGAAAGAUUUGGUCGAUGAGCGUUCAUGCCAUGCUUUCCAACAACAUCACCAUGGCGGAGGUGUCCAGGGCAGAAUCGGGUAGCACCUCCAAUGGAUGCUACACCGACGCCCAGAAGACAGCAAGCGGCCAAAGCAAUCAAGGCCUUGCCAGCUGGGGAUAUCCUUCUGGUCCUUGUCCGUGGGAUGGUCUGGGCAGAUUCCGAAUCCUGGAGUAGUGCUUCCUUUGACGACAUGGUCCUCUCUUCUCGGUCAGUGCUCAACAAUCCUGCCUCCAUGCUGUAGUCGUUCUUGAUGUCGACAGAUGCCAUGAUGUAGAAGUGAGUGAGAAGGUUUGAAGGAUGGGAGGAGGUUGAGUUUUGUAAAUUGAGCAGGGUGAUAUCAGGCCCGAAGAAGACUGGAGACGGAUAUGCAGAGGACGUUUAGCGGCUGAGAAUAGUCCAGAAUUGCGGACCCAAGACAGAUGGCAGCUUUUUUGGGUUUGCUAUUUGGGGAUGGUACGCGAGACGACUGGCUGAGAGCAGGUGGUGAGGUUGAGGAGGCGAGAUCCCAGACGGUGAGUGGUGAAGACAGUGCAGCAAACAAGCUAGGGUUCAAGAACGUGCAGACGACAGCCGGCAAGAGGGGUGAUUCCCUUUAUCGAUGAUGAAGAGUGUCGUGUGCCAAGCAGACAGGAGGUGGCUCUAGCGUCCGAGAGAGGAGUCUGCUCGGUUCUAUGAAUGGAGACACAGCUUGAUGAUGAGAGGAUGAGAGAAGCAAAAGGGACCAAGAAGCGAAUGGUGUGCCGCCUGCCGGUACUGUAAGCAAUUGACAGUCGACCGAGGCGUUUGCGGAGUGUGAGCGAGGGAGUGGAGGAAGUGGAGGAAGUGGAGUGAUGGGUGUUACACGAGCUGAGUCCGUCACGUCAAACCAACUGCGAGAUUGAACUCAAGAUCAGGGCGAGGACGAGGAGAGUUUGGUGUUAAAUGCAACCUGUGGUGGUCAAUCGUGGGUAGAUGAGGGGGAUCUGUCCUGCUAAAAGCCCCGGGACCUAAAUUAGUCUUGGCAGGAGGCUGGGCUGCAGACAACUAUCACAAUGGUCUAAGUCAGCUGUUUUCCUAUUUGCUGCUGUGUCUUUGUUUUUGUCUGCUGAGUGGCAAAGGCCAAAGGCUGUUGGAGAUCUAGACAAAAUCGCUAUGCGUGUUUCUUUUUUAGGCUUGGGAGGGAGCCGCUUGCAGUUUUUAACGACAGCCACCCGGGCACUAGACAAAAAGCUAGGCCUCGUCUAGCGCUUCUGUCGUCCCGCCAAGUUCAGCCGGCGGCCGGCUACACCUCCGUCUACUGGAAACCCAGUCGCAGAGGGAGGGUUGAGCACUGAGCAGCCCGGGGAGCCUGGAAGGGAUGGGCUUUGGUGGAGUUUGGGUGCCCAAGGGCGGCUCAACAAGGCCUGUCUAGCCCUCAUUUCUUGUCAGUAAACACAGUCCAAGACAUGAGGCGUGCUGACUGCUUGACCUGAAGUUGACCAGAGAUGAGCUGAAGCACUGGCUGUCUGAUAACAAGGGCACAACUGCUCAUUCUUGGAACAUCCAAUUGCUAUAGAAACUUAAGAAAAG